CAGACGUAUUACUUCCUUGGCCGAGAGAAGAGUGAAGAUUUUUCCUUAGCUACUUUGCUAGGAUGAUUUCGGUGGAAAUCUGGUAGCGAAAAAUUAAAAUUUGAUGGGAAAUUUGAUCUUCGAGGUAGAGUUUUCCAUCGUCAUUCUAUGGUUAAAUGAAUCAAUCAAUCAAUGGCGUAGCAGACGGUAUUCGGAAACAUCGAAGCUGGAAGGAAAAGUGAUACUGUAGAAGGUGAAAAACUGAAAGUUUUCGUUAUUGCAGGAAAGGAAAAUUAGUGGUGGUAGUGGUGGCGUUGGUUCCGUUUGGCAAUAGCCUGCGUUGAAGGUGAAGUUCAACUUCAGUGAAGCGAUUACGGUGCAAAAGGGCGUAAAUGUAAGAGCAAGUGUUGGAAGAAGAGAGGAAAAAUUACGUUGGGGAGCGAAAAGUCGAAAAGGCUGGUAGGGUUUUACUUCUCCUCUCAUCUUGCUUGUCUGCUAUUCAGUAGAUUGUGUAUCCUGACAGCUGGUUGUUUAAUACAACUGUGACAUUUUCGCGAGGGACAUCAGUUGGAAUUUGUUGUUUUCCAGUACUAGUAGUGGGGAUAGGAGCAGAGCGAUAAGGAUAUCUGAUAAUCCAGCAGCAAUAUGUCACACCAAACAGAUCAUAUUGAUUUUAAAGAAAAGCUGAUAGCCACCGUCAAGAAAGAGGUCAAACAGGUCAUGGAGGAAGCGGUCACCAAGAAAUACAUUCACGAGGAGUCCGGCUCGGUGACUUCGCUUUGCGCUGCGGUGGAAGCCUGCCUCAGCCAAGGACUGCGGAGACGGGCUCUUGGCCUUUUCAAAACUUCCUCGACUACGGCAUUGCUGCACAAAGUGGCCAAGCAUUGUCCUGAAGCGGCUCUCAUUAGUAAGAAGGUGCAGGAGAUCGAGAACAAUGAUCCUAACAAACGGUCAUCAUCUAGUAGCGACAGUACUAACAAACCACCGAUUUUGAAAAAGAACAGUAGCCAUUCGGUGUCCACCACAAUCCCACCACCGACACUACCUGUUGUAAAAUUCCUGUGGAUUCGGUUGGCGUUGUAUGAGAAAAAACUGUCCCGUAUAAUCGAUCAUCUGGUAACGAACGCAACGCGGUACUACGAACGAGAUUCGUUAGUUGCGGACCCAGACUACGGAUCUAUACUUAGCUCAUUACUGGUAGGGCCGUGCGCGUUGGAUUAUUCACGUGCUAAAACUACUGACCACUACUGGACGGAUCCACCGGCGGACGAACUGGUCCAACGGCACCGUAUCAGCUCUGGUAAUCCCACAUCACCAGCUAUCCGAAGACCAAUGUUGAAUUUCAAGCGAAGUUUGCACACUAGCUCCGAGGAGGGCAGCAUGGCAUCGUUCAAGUCGAACUCGCUUGUAUCUGCCUCGAAGGACUACGUGGAGUCACUGCAUCAGAACUCUCGUGCAACGUUACUGUACGGGAAGAACAACGUUCAAGUCCUACCGAAAGAUGCCAACGAGCCGAUGCCCGGCUACCUAAGUUUACAUCAAACCGUACAAUCGUUGACCAUCAAGUGGACUCCGAACCAACUGAUGAAUGGGUACACCGAGGCGGAGAACAUCGACAAAAGCUCAUAUUGGACGUAUGCACUGAAUGUGAAUGUCGAUGAAAUUGUAUACGUUCACUGCCACCAGGCGAGGGGUGGGGAUACUGGCGGUACCAUCAUUCUAGUAGGACAGGAUGGUGUGCAACGAUCACCGAUUCUUUUUCCCGAAGGUGGACACAUGGCGGCGUUCUUGAGUUGUCUGGAAACAGGUCUACUGCCUCAUGGCCAACUAGAUCCUCCUUUAUGGUCACAACGGGGCAUAGGUCGUAUCUUCCCUUGGCCACAUAAAUCUCGUCGUAGACCAAUGCCUUCCUUGCUGGAGGCUGCAACCAGUGACGAGUUACCGAUUGACUACGUAUUUCGGGUUGUCAAUAAAAGCAACACUGAGGAAUUUCUGGCCACACACUCGAUUUUGGACAUAGGACGAACUAGUCCUCGGUACAGGGCACAGCUCAGCAGUUGUUCGACCAACGAAAGCAGUGACUGUUCCAGUAAGAGCCUCUCAAUUGAUGCUAUGUCUAUUGACAGCCCUAAUCCUAUCACCAAUCAGUCAACCAGUAUUGCCCUCGUUUGCUCAACAAUGAAACGACAAAUCAUAUCCAGGGCAUUCUAUGGCUGGCUUGCAUACUGCCGUCAUCUAUCGACAGUUCGCACUCAUCUGUCCGGAUUGGUUAAUGGCCGUAUUACUCCGGAUAUUGGUGCCGAGGAAGGAUUAACCAGAGCUCGCUGGGAGGGUCUUCAUGAUGACAGGGGAGUAGUGGCGGACGACCAAGAAGUUUACCGAUUGGUUUACUUUGGCGGAGUUGAACAAGACAUUAGGAGAGAUGUUUGGCCAUAUUUGCUAGGCCAUUACAGUUUCGGUACAACGCCCCAAGAACGAACCGAAUUGGACGAGACUACAAAGCACUACUAUGAAACAACGAUGAGUGAAUGGUUAGCCGUUGAGGCUAUUGUGCGCCAGAGGGAUAAGGAGAAGACUGCAGUUGCUGUGGCGAAACUCAGCUCCGGAAGUGGGAGUCUGGACAACAAAAGCAAAGACGUGGAAGAGGAGGAAAUAGAAAAUGAGGUGUUUGAGGAGAAUGGUUUCUCCGAUAUGUCUGAGCCGGAGGUGGACGAUGACGAAGAAAGUUCGAAAACCAAGCAGACUGAGCCGACCGACGAACCAGAAAAGGCGGAUACCGAAGAGGGUGAAAAACUGGGAUCAUCGAAUAGACUGGAGCUUCCGUUUUCCGAUCACAGUAAAGAAAUGGAUAGCAAUAAAAGUUCUCCUUCAGACUCUUCAUAUGCCACGGUGGGUAAUGAUUUUGUAGACGUGGCUGAUAUGUUGCCGAUAUCUAUGAAUGAUAACGGAGGAGGUGAGCAAGAGAAUGGAGAAGUCGAUGAGGAAGAAGAAGAAGAAGAAUGCUCGAUUCAAUCCCCUGGACAGCCGAGGGCAGUUAUCGUAACCGAUGCUUCGAUUGAUGUGACUAUGAUGAUCGAUAGUAAAGAGCCGAAUAACAACAUUUUGGAAGAAUUGCCAGAAGAGGGAGCUAUAGCCAGUGUUCAGCUGGAUGCUUUACAGGAACCGAAGUCCACUUGUGUUUCGCCGGCUAGCUCGAAUGGUGGAAUCUAUAGCAGUGAACUCCUGGAAUCAUUUGGAUUGAAUUUACAUAGAAUAGAGAAGGAUGUUCAAAGAUGUGAUCGAAACUAUUGGUAUUUUGCAAAUGAAAACUUGGAUAAGCUACGGAAUGUGAUAUGCACCUAUGUAUGGGAACAUCUGGACGUCGGCUACAUGCAGGGAAUGUGCGACUUGGUAGCGCCUCUUCUAGUGAUCUUUGAUGAUGAGUCCUUGAGUUAUGGCUGCUUCUGUCGGUUCAUGGAGCGGAUGAUUGAAAACUUUCCGAACGGCGUCGCAAUGGACAUGCAUUUUGCUAACAUGAGAUCACUGAUUCAGAUUCUAGACUCAGAAAUGUAUGAUCUGAUGCAUGCGCAUGGGGACUACACCCAUUUCUACUUCUGCUACCGGUGGUUCCUGCUGGACUUCAAACGAGAAUUGAUCUACGCGGAUAUCUUUUCCGUGUGGGAGGUCAUCUGGGCCGCAAAACAUGUGGCAUCGGCCCACUUUGUACUAUUUCUAGCGCUGGCUCUACUGGAAACGUAUCGAGAUAUAAUAUUGUCCAAUAGUAUGGACUUCACCGAUAUCAUAAAAUUUUUCAACGAAAUGGCCGAGCGUCACAACACUCCCGCAGUGUUGAAACUAGCUAGAAAUCUGGUUUUACAACUGCAAACGAUAAUCGAAAAUAAGUAAGUCUGUUCAGAUUGAAAGGGGACUGGGAAUGGACACAUCUGUACAAAGUUGCUCGUACGCGAAACUGUGGAUCAGUUUUGCUGGACUGGACUCCAUAAUUGUGUAUUAUGAUUGAACCUCACCAAAAUUUUACUACAAAUGCACUUGCAUAUUUGUGCGAUUAAUGAUAUCAAAUAUGAAUUAUACUAUAAAAACAAUACACAAAUAAAUACACUCGCGAUAGCAAGGAAAUAAAUGUACUGUCACAUACAUGUCACUGUUACCUUCUUGUAUACACAAAGACACAAAGAUAAGUUAAGUAUAUUUGUAUUCAGUAUCUAAAUUUUUUAUUGUUUGUAUUUUAUUAUAAUGCAUAGUUUAAUAAAAAAAAGUUGCUAUUUUUAAAAACAAACAGGAUAUGAUAAAACAGUCCCACUACGUUCGCUAAAUUUAAUGUGCAAUGGGGAAACAAUAUAAUCUUCAUGUAUACUUUCCUGUUUGUAAAAUAUUUUAGCUAUUCCUAUAAUCUUAUACAUCAUUCAAGGUGUCUACAGAUGGUUACUUAUGUAACAAAUUGUUUUUAAUCCUUGAAAGUAAUAUUUUUAACAAUUGUUGUUAGAAUGAUAUAUUUUGUCAGAUGUAAAAGUUUUGUUAAUACAUAGGUAUGAAUAUAUUUUUCGAUCGAAAGACGAGCAUUGAACGAACAGGCAAUUGUUGGAGUAUGCUACUUGUUAGGACGUUCAACUUAGUUCACGUUGUUUUGGCUAGGCUCCAAGAGCAAAUCUCUGUUUGUGUUUAACCCCACUAUUUCGUAAACUAUGUGUCAAAAAUCACAAAUAUAAUAAUAUAAAUAUCAUGAGUUUUAUUAGGCAUAACAGAAAAACUGAAAAGAAGUAGUGACGUUAAGAUUUUUAUCAAAAUCGCGUCGUCGGAUUCUGCUUAAGGGAGUCGAUUCAACUAUCCAAUUGGCAGCAUCUGAUGACGUAUGUGGACACACAUCGUUGUCAAAUCAUUACAUCUUCCAAAAGUAGUUGAUAACGUGAAACACAAGUGUAAAAGACAAAAUCGUAAAUUGAGUAGCUCAAGCUACUGUUACUAAAUGCCUGUAGUGGACCCAUAUGACCAUUUGUAUGACAAAGAUGUAUUGUAGUUUUAGAGGAACACUAAGAAAGCCAGAUGCGGACUGCUUUGGAAUUCUGAUCGGAAAGGUCAGUGUUGUCAGGGAGAAUUUGAUACAAUUAUUAUUGUUAGUAGCAGGAGUUUGUAAUGACUGAAUUGCUGUUUGUGUCCUUUAGGUGAAGUCCCCUGGUACCGAAAGUAAUUUUUGUCUUUUCCCUACUUAUACAACAUACCAGAUGUGAUGAAUGAGUACAUGUAUGCAAAUGAAUAAAAUACUAAAGAAAUGA